AUGGAUAUCAAUUUUAAUGAUAAUCUAUUAAAUCCACUUGACGAGAACUCUACUCAUGACAUAGAGGUUGAUACAUCUUCAAAUUUUAGCCAUAUUCAGAAUCGACGAAUUUCUAAUCCGAAUAAUAGUUUCACCAUAUUUUACAAUAGCUCAGAUGGAAGACAAGAACAGCCGGAUCCUGGCAUUGACAUCCCCUCCAACAUGGACCUUGGAUCAGGAGACAGUACGACCCUGGCUACGAUUUUUCCUCAUGAUCAGAAUUUAAAUAGCGAAAUAGAAAUGUCUGAUGCAAGAAUUAUCGAUUUCAAUUACGAGACUAGCAUUCAGAACGCACCAGUCCAACCUAAUGAAAGAAACAGACUUCAUGGAAAUCGAAAUAAUCACCUUUUUGAGCUAAACCAAGAGCCAGAUAUAGACAUUCAUACUCAGCAAGAGAUAUAUCCAGAGAGUUGGGCAGCCACAAAUCAAGAAAUUCACCUAGAAAAUAGGGUUAUUGGUAACUUAGCCACAUCUGUAGUAAACGAGCCACCGAAUUAUGUAAAUACCCGAAAUCAACAAAUAUUAUCUCAAAUAGAUGAGCUAAGUGAAGAAUAUUUUCCAUUCGAGAUUCCACUAGCUCCAUUAUCAUAUCCUCUCAAUGACUCAAUAGUCGCGUCUGAAUCAAAUCUGCACCUCAACCGCUUGUUACUUGCUGGCAGAUUUCCGACAAGAGCACCAAGAACAUUUGACCGCAAUUGCCCUUCAGACUUAUGGACCAUGUUGGACAACAAUUCCCGAUCGAUUUUAGCUACUACACAAUCGCAUUACGUAUCACUUGCAAACUCAUCUUUAUCUCCCAAUCGAGAAGCAAUCACUUUAAGUGGAAAUGACGAAAGUGAUUAUAGCGAUUCUCGAUCUAUUGACGAAAAUUACGAGCCUCCAGAACACAGAAACUUAGAUUUGUACGGAACGCUAAAACACUGGAGCAAUUUAGCUUCUAGAAAAAAGUCCAGACGUUCAAAACCAUAUCGAGGACCUUCUCUACCUGCAGUUGAGGCAUUACGAUCAACGAAACCCUGUACUGUUGAACGAUGUGAUCUUCGUGGAGAGUACUGUGACGCCCAAAGUAUCAACUGGAGAGAACUUAAUGUAUCUAGGGAGGAAGCACAAGACCGGAGAUGUGAAUUUUAUCAUAGUUACGGAAAUGUAAGAUACCGUGAUCCUAUGACGCUAUUUACAGUUGGUUCUUAUCUACCUAACAGAGCAAAUUACUUUAAAUUCCGUCGCAUGGAUUUUCAACACAAUGUCCAUUUAAUUCACUUUCAACUUCGGAAUUUAAUAGCUUGUCCCACUCGGGAUCAUGUUUUCUACGUUGGUAGAUCAAAAAUAAUGCAUUACAACCCUGUCCAAGGAAAAAAUGACCCUAAACCAUCAACGGUUCUGGAUCUCUGCAAUCCGCAUUCGCAGAGCGGGCUUGGCUCUUCCCAAGGUAUUCAGAUAUCAACGAUGGCUGUUGGGCACAAUUUCCUCAUUGCAGGGGGCUUCUGUGGCGAGUACGGCUUGUUAAAUUUACAGGCUCAAAAGGGAACAGAGCAUAUUCAAGGUUUCAUCUCCAAGCAUCAAAAUAGUAUAGUAAACCAUAUUCAAAUCCACACUACUCGUCGCAAUGCACAUCCUUUUGCAACAUUUGCUACCAAUCAUGCAAGUCUACGGAUUCUCGACAUUAAUACCAACAAACUGGUUUCAGAGCAGACAUUUAAUCAUGCUCUUAAUUGCAGUGCCAUUUCCCCUGACCAACGCCUUCGAGUAAUGGUUGGAGACAUGCGUGAGGUUUUGAUAUGUAAUUCUGAGACGGGAGCGAUUCUACAGACGCUACAGGGUCAUUACGAUUAUGGAUUCGCUUGUGACUGGGCUGAUGAUGGUGUGACAGUAGCAACUGGAAAUCAAGAUCGCCAAAUAAGGAUAUGGGACGCCCGCAAAUGGACUACUAGCAAAGGACUUGCAUAUCCUGUCGCUCAAGUUGCAUGUAAAAUGUCCGGAGUGCGUAAGUUAAAAUUUUCGCCACUCGGCUCGGGUAAGCGCCUUUUAGUGGCAGCGCAGGCCGCUGACUACAUCCAUGUUAUCGAUGCUGGUAGCUUCAAGGAACAGCAAGACCUAAGUUUUUUUGGUGAAAUAUCCGGAUUUGACUUUGCCAACGAUGGACAGGAUUUAUUCGUCGCUAUUUCUGAUCAAGCUAGGGGUGGAAUCAUGGAGUUUGAACGAUGUGAUAUAGCUGGGGGUGGCAGUUAUGACCUUAAAUGUGGCUUCCGUGGAAGAGAAGACGCAGACUGUGUAAAAAGUUUUGAUUGGAUGAGUGAUGAUCAAAUUGCACGUGUUACCAGGUCUCAUGUAACACCCGAGAGUUUGGAUCGGCAAGCUGCCUCGUACGGAAUCAGUAAGGAAUAUUUCUGA